UCGGUGGCUGCACCGCGCCGACACUCGCCGACACACGCCGACACGCGCCGACACGCGCCGAAACACGCCGACACACGCGACCGGCGCGCUCCUGUAAACUGUUCGGAGAUAUCUCGCGAGUGAGUGUGAAGUGCUGGGUUCUUAUUAUUAUCUGGAUUCGGACAAUGUCAUAAAGAUGGGUGCGCAUGUAGCGGGAUGGGCGCGGCGCGGUAGUGAGUGAUGUCAGUCUCCGCGCUCGGCGUCACGCUCGCCGUCACGCUCGGCGUCACGCUCGCUGCGCUGGUCGCCCGCGCCGGCGGCGGCUCGCUCGAAGCAGGGUCGGCGGCGACGGGCCCGAGCGUGGUGGUGUCGCACUCCGACCUCACCGAGCUGGCGGAGUUGGCCGGGGUGGUGCCGGCGUGGCGCGAGCUGUGGCUGGGCUCGCUGGACGCGCUGCACCGCGAGCCCUCCAUCAACAACACGCAGGAGGACGUGCUGGCGCAGCUCGGGGCCGUCGCCUUCCUGCAUUGUCCCGUCCGCAACCUCGGCGAGCGAGGGGUGUCGUGGGUUCGGCGCCGCGACUGGCACAUCAUCAGCUCAGGAGUGCUCAUGUACACAAAUGAUGAACGGUUCCAGGUGCUGCACAGCGAGGGGUCGGAUGAUUGGAUCCUGCAGAUUAAGUACGUUCAGAAACGAGACAACGGAACUUACGAGUGUCAGGUGUCGACGGCGUCCGGCACGCUGUCCCGGCUGGUGCACCUGCACAUCGCGGUGCCGGAAGCAUUCAUCCUGGGCGCCGACGAGCAUCAUGUGGACGCCGGCUCCACUAUCAACCUCGUCUGCAUCAUCGAAAAGAGUCCGGUCCCGCCGCAGUACGUGUUCUGGUACCACAACUCGCGCAUGAUCAACUACGACGCGGCGCGCGGGGUGACGGUGCAGACCGAGCCCGGCCCCAAGACGCAGUCCGCGCUCGCCAUCCGCUCGGCCGCGCCGCGACACUCCGGCAACUACACCUGCGCCGCCGCCAACACCGAGCCGGCGCACAUCUACGUCUACGUCUCCGAGGGCAGCGACAAGAUGGCGGCGACGCUGAGCAGGAGCCGGAGCGGGCGCGGGGCGGCGGGGGGCGCGGUCCUGCUCGCCAACCUGCUCGCCAACCUGCUCGCCGCCCUGCUCGGUGUGAGGCUCGGCGCGCUCUGAGCCGCCCGACCCUGUCUAGUCUAGUUUACUGUGUACAUACUAUGUUGUAAUUAUAACAAUAACUUGAAUUGAGGAAUUUUAUAAAUGUAUUAUUAAUGUAAAUCUAUUCGAAUUUUAUUGUCCUUCAAAAAGGAAUUGCCCAUAUGUUUUAUGAAAACAAAAUGUAAAU